AGGCAAAAAAUGUUUUCACUUUCACUAAUGUAGCUCAGACUACGAUCGACGCCAGCAGUGUCCGACAACACUCCAAUAUUCUUUCUGUUACAGACGAAAAUCUUGUUGAACCUCUAGGAGAUUGUUUUUAUGCUGUUAAUAGACUAUUAAGAUCUUUUGAUGUACGUGUAGUCCGAGUUGAUCUAUUUGGAAAGCGGGUCAUCGACCAAGAUCAAGACCAGGAAAGAUGGCUUCAGAUUAUCAGAUUGGAGAAGCACUCUUAAUAGGUUUCUAUAAAGGUACAGAACUUACCUGAAGGGUGGUAAGACAUCAGGUAAUGAGCGUGGCAACAAAAGGAAACGCAGCUCCCGUAUCUCUUCCUGAAGCUCCGGCAAUAAGCAACAGCUAUGACCAGAAGCUUGUUGAGCAGCUGGCAGAGACCAUCAGAGUGAUCGGUGACAAACUUGAUCAGGAUACAGAAUUUAAUGAUGCAUUUGAUGGUUUAGUUAAAGUGUGUGAUAAAAGCAGUUUCUGGAAAAUUGUGGAGAAAGUUUUCAAGGAUGAUCAGAUCAACUGGGGAAGAAUUGUAGUGCUGUUCUAUGCAGUUGGAAAACUGGCUGCAAAGAUGGUCAUGGCAUGCCUGCCCUGUAUUGUUACUGAUAUUCUGGCCUUAAGUCUUGAUUACUUCAAGAAAUAUCUGUUGGAUUGGAUUAGCAAAAUGGGAGGAUGGGUUAAAAGUAUCCCUGAACUGGCCCAUUUCGCUAUAGAGCGAUUUUCUAGUACUUCACAGAAAAAAUAUUAUUUCAUUUUUGGAGCUGUGCUGACCUUCACAAGUGGUGCACUGUUAGGAGCUUUCAUUUUCUGGAGACUUCACAAAAGCAGCUAAGAUGAAGAGAAUGGAGCACCCACAACUGAAAUGGCAACUCUUUAAGACCUCAUUGUUGAACGUUAAUGAUGACAAGAUUAUAUGCAGGGUGAUUUUGCAAUAUGCAUCUUUUACUAGAACAUUUAUUAUAACAUUCCUUUUAUUUUUAUAUGUAUGCAUAUUCAUUUUUGUAAAAGAUAUUUAUUCUGGUUACGAUUAUUACAUUAAAGAAUAAUACCUCUUUAUUCUGACUCAGGACGGUUCUAGAAAGUUAAACUUUAACUUGUGAUGUCAUAAAUCAUAGAUUUUUUGCAAAAGAAAAUUGUUUUGUCAACCCCCUGGUGUAUUUAAUGCAUAUGAUCACUUAUUAAGAAAAUUAAUCCACAGAAAUGUUUUUGCCUUGUUUUUUUUUUGUCUAUUCGCCCUGAAAUGUUCUGGGCCUUUAAGAUACAGGGUCAAUUAUGUACUUCGUAAUAUCAUUUUCUUUGUAUGGAAUGGAUGAGGAUGUAUGAUCUCAUUACUGCUUAUUGUUAAUGAAUUAAAACUUGAACCUAUCUUUUUAAAUUCAGUAUAAAUAGUAGCCUAUUCAUGAAUAAUUUUCUUAUCAAAAUAUGGUAGGCUAUAACAUAUCUAAGAAUAUUAUUUUUUUUGUGCAUCAGGUUUUUGCAAUAAAGUAUACUUUUGGUAAAUAUU